GGGGCCUGCCGGGAAAAGGGGCCGGUCGCCAUGGAGACGGGCGCGGCCUAGCCUGGCCUAGCGAGGCAGCUUCUCUCCCGCUAAACUCUACGAGCCGAAGCCGCUUCUUCCAAGCCGGAGGAAGAGACGGAGGGAGGCAUGGCUGUUCCCGGGAAGGAGCCGGCCGGCGUCGCGGGCCUGCAGGUGCUGCUCGUCCUGUUCCACCUGGGCAGCGGAGGCGAAGGCGCCUGGGACCCGUCAGGAUACUUACUCUACUGCCCCUGCAUGGAUUUGGGAACCAAGCAGACCAUUUUCUGGGUUCUUUGGCGUUUGCUAAAAUGGUGAAUCGGACCUUAGCUGUCCCCCCCUGGAUUGAGUACCGGUAUCACAGGCCUCCCUAUGCAAAUCAGCACGUUCCCUACAAAGAAUACUUCAAGCUGGCGCCUCUCCUGGAGUACCACCGGGUCAUCACUUUGGAGGAAUUUAUGGAAAAGUUGGCACCCAUCCACUGGCCUCCUGGCAAGCGAGUCGCAUACUGCUUUGAAGCGGCAGCUCAGAGGAGUGCUGACAAAAGGACUUGCCCCAUGAAGGAUGGAAACCCCUUUGGCCCCUUUUGGGAUCAGUUUGCUGUGGAUUUCGAUAGGUCGGAGCUGUUUGGAGGCCUCUCCUUCAGUGCCUCUUACAAGGACCACUGGAUUCGAAGGUUUCCCUCCUCUGAACAUCCUGUUGUGGCUCUUCCGGGGGCCCCAGCCCAGUUUCCAGUUCUGGAAGAGUACCGGUCCCUGCAUCAGUACAUGGUAUGGUCUGAUGAGAUGGUGAACAAAGGCGAGUCCUAUAUUAAUUCGUUCCUGGUCAGACCCUACGUGGGAAUCCAUUUGCGUGUCGGUUCAGACUGGAAAAAUGCAUGCAAUAUGUUGAAAGAUGGCACUGCUGGGUCUCAUUUAAUGGCGUCGCCACAGUGUGUGGGCUAUGAUCGGAACACCGCUGCCCCCCUUACCAUGGAUAUGUGUCUGCCAGGCCUGAAAGAGAUAAAACGAGCGCUAAGACUCUGGGUGAAGAAGACAGAUGCAAAAGCUGUGUACAUCGCCAGUGACUCUGAACCUUACACGAAGGAAAUACAGCAGCUUUUCAAACAAAAGAUAAAAGUGGUGUACCUGCAGCCUGAAGUGCCCCAGGUAGAUUUGUACAUUCUCAGCAAGUCUGACCACUUCAUUGGAAACUGUGUUUCUUCCUUUACUGCCUUUGUGAAAAGAGAACGCGAUGUGCAUGGGAGACCCUCGUCCUUUUUUGGCAUGGACUAUCCACCCACGUCGCGGGACGAAUUGUAGCCCCUAGAGGAAGAGAUGCCUUUCGACCCACUACUUGCAUACAGUUCUCAUAAAUACAAGGUCUCCCUCAAAGCAAGCACUGGAUAUAUCUGGAUUCUACAGGUUCAUCCUCAUGGCAUUCCUUGAAUAUUACUAGAACAUGACCUGAAAGGAGAAGUGGAUGACUUCCAGGAAACAUUCCCUCCUCCCACAGUUGUGGUUCAAAUAAGCAAACCCACUCCCGUUCCUCUCUUCCCCUUUCUGUGCUGUCUUGCUACCUCUUCUGGAAUUAAUGACUGGUGUGGUGCUUCCUUAAUGCACAGUAUUCUCAAGACAGCUUGUUCACUGACAAGAAGUGUUCUGACAUUAAGAACUGGGAACCAGCAGAUACGUUCUCAGUUGUGCAACCGACUGACAUUUGCCUUGUGUGCUUUUGUUUUCUGAGCUGCCAAAUGGAUUUAAUUCCCAUUCCCCCUUGCUGGGAGUGGGGAGACUAUAAGCAAAUGAUUUUGCUAUCAGCUGUGACAAGUUAUGGGACUUUCACAGGAGUUUUAGUCCUAAUAACUCUGGUGCCCUGUGGACCAGCUCUGUUUGACGCAAUUCCCAGGUAGCAUAGAGAUACUUUUUUUUUUUUUAAUCCUAUUACACAAGAGCCUUUUAUAGCAGUUUUGUAUUUUGCAAAAUAGGCAGUCUAAGCACUGUACACAGUAUAAAAUAGAAGUUAAGAAAUAAUCUCUUUUUGAAACACCAUAAUAAUUCGUAAAUCAAAUAUUAUGCACCUUUUAUUGGGCCCAUUUGCAACUUCGCUGAGAGCUCAGUGCAUCAAUUGCAUUUUAAUGGCUUGUGGUGGGUCAGCAAUCAUGUCUUUCUGAGCUCUCUAUUCUGGAAACCCAGCCUGGCUGCCGUCUUGAAACUAUUUUUGCUUGGCAGGGGUUGGACUAGGAGACCUCCAAGAUUCCUUCCAACUCUUGUACACUCAGUCUUUGAGCAUCCUUUUUAUGUUUAGAAGCUGUGACCUUUGAAAAGUCUCUGAAAGGAAUAACCACUUGGUCCACUUUGAAUUUCAGAUAUUUACUUUGAGUCUCUUGAAAAGAGGAGCCAACAGAUAGUGGAUCUUGAUUUUUUUUGUUUUAAAGGUUUUAUGCACUUUUCUCUGCAUAAUUGCUCUGAAAUCAUGAUUCAGCUUUCUCAAUGUACAUCUGAACUAUGCUCACUAAUUUACCUGUAGAGUUUUCCCACAGAAAAAUCCUCAGGCAGGAGAUCUGCAAACUGUCAGGUUACCUAGUUCAUGUUAUGUUUCCUCAUCACAUCAGUAGUAACUUUCUGUGGUGACAGCGCAGCAUCUUUCCAUCUGAUAAUUAUCUGCUCCUGUGCAUUCUGAACAUCAGUUGACAAAUUGUCCUGGCUGCUGACUGCAAGCCUGAACUAUCCAUCUGCACUCUAUAUUAAGACAGAAUAUGUUGUGCUGGGGGAGAUAACUUUCUGGAGCUUUCUAUUUGCUUUAUUGGGCUCAAAUUGCACAGACAGCAUUGUUAGCCUCUGUAUCUUCCUUUUAGGUGUUGAUGAAGCAAUCUUGCAACAGCAGGAUUGAAUUGCAAAUGACCUUUUCCUAGGUUUGGUUGCUUGUGGUAGCAGCAUUGCCUCCAGUCUCUUUUCUGUCUUCCUCUGCCAUCUUCUGAAAAGACUCUGGUUCAUAAAUGCUAACAGUUUCAGCUGACCAGUAAACACUUUUAUAAGCAGCAACUUUGCAAGUUUAUUAAUUCAAUCACUACCUUGCAUCACUUACUUUAUUGAUAGCGAAUUAUCACUGGCAAGCUACAAAUCUGAAAACCAGCAUUGUAUUUGCUGGAAACGUCUUUGCUCACCUUUAUGAAGUACUGAAGAAGUUUGUUUAAAAGUUCCGUCUUAAAAGGUAUAGAGAAGCACUAGGCUUGGGAGAGAAAUGCAGUUCCUGUGUUUUGGUAGAUUCUGCAGUGAAACCAUGUGUUCCAAAGCUACCUGUAAUAUGGAUGAUAAUGAUGGUGAUGAUCAAAUGAAAAAAAAGACUCUCAAUAGAUUGUCCAGGAAUGUUUAUGAAGAACAAAAAAAACCCAAGGAAGGCUGAGGCUUUGACAGCACAUGGAGAUGAUCUCUGACUUCAUCUGUUAGGUGGGAUCCUCCCUUCUGCUUGAGCUUCUGAAAGAAUACAGUAUUUUGAUUCCAAAGAUCAGUAAGUGCUACAAUAUUUCCGUCUGGAGCAGCAAGAACAAACAGUUACUCUUCUGCAAUUCGUCAAUAAGCAUAAGAAUAUAGCAAUUUCCUUGAUGGAUCAGGCAAAGGUCCACCUUAAACCAACCUUUGGUUCCCAACAGCAACCAUCCAGAAGACUAUGGAAGGGCCUGAAGGCAGCAGUUCUCCUCACCAGCUCACCUCCAUCUUGUAUAUCAAGUUAUAUUGCCAUAUGCAAGUUCUGAUUAGCUGUUAUGGCUAAUGGCCGUUUGUAGAUUUCACCUCCAAGAA